AUGCAGCCCCUAGAUGUUCCGUCUCAGGUGUGGGCGGACAUCUCCAUUGACUUCAUCGAGGGGCUUCCAAAGGUGGACGGCAAGUCGGUCAUCCUCACCGUUGUCGAUCGCUUCUCCAAGUAUGCGCAUUUCAUAGCGCUCGGCCACUCCUACACGGCAGCGUCGGUCGCCCACGGCUUCUUCGACGGCGUCGUACGUCUACACGGCUUCCCGACGUCCAUCGUCAGUGAUCGCAACCCGGUGUUCACCGGCAAAGUCUGGCGUGAUCUGUUCAAGAUGGCGGGCGUCACGCUUCGCAUGAGCACGGCCUUCCACCCUCGGACAGACAGCCAAUCAGAGGUGGUUAACAAGAAGUACUACGAUGCCAACCACAGGGAUGUGGAGUUUGAGGUCGGCGGGUGGGUGUGGCUGCGUCUCCUUCACCGCAUGGCGCAGUCCCUCGACCCCUAUGCCAGGCACAAGCUCGGGCCGCAUUGGGCCGGGCCGUUCCGGGUGCUCGAGCGCAUUGGACGCGUGGCGUACCGUCUACAGCUCCCGGAAGGCGCCCGUCUGCAUGAUGUCUUCCACGUCAGCCGCCUCAAGCAGCACCGCGGCGACCCUCAAGGAGCGCCUGUCUCCCUCCCUCCGACUCAGGAUGGUCACAUUGUGCAAGUUCCUGAGCGCGCCUUGCAGGCCCAGCAGCGGCGUGGUGAAUGGCGCAUCCUGAUCCAGGGGCGCGGCUUGCCAGAAGAGGAAGCAACCUGGGAACGUCGUGAGGACUUCACUGCUACGUACCCAGAGGUCCAGCUCGAGGACGAGCUGUUUUCGAAGGCCGGGAGAGAUGUUAUGACCGGCCUCACGUACAAGAGGCGAGCCGCGCAAGGUGGCUAG